AUGGAAAAAGCACCAACAACAAGAACCUAUAAAAUCCCAUCCUGGGUCGGUUUCAUCAUAAUAAUCGUUAUUGUCCUUCUCAACCAGUCCCAUGAAAUUGACCCAAGGGAGGCGGUCUUGAAGGCCUUGGAAACCAACCAAGCACGCAAUUGGUCUCAGAUAUACACAGCAGAAAAGCACCUAGCAGGUACGAACUAUGGUUUGGUAGAGUUUACUCAAAAGAAGUUCGCCGAAUACGGAGCCCGAGCUUCUGUUGAUGAAUACGAGGUGCUUUUGAGCUACCCUGAGAGCCAUUCCUUGAAACUCUUGGAUAAAGAGGGCAAUGUGAAGUACACUGCUCCAUUGAAAGAAGAUGAGCUAGAGGAGGAUCCCACCUCCUUGAACGAUACGAUUCCGACGUUCUUGGGCUUCGCUGCAAACGGCAAUGUCACCGCAGAGUACGUGUAUGUGAACUAUGGGACUAAAAGUGACUUUUCUUGGCUCAGCGAACAAGGCGUCGAUGUCAAGGGAAAGAUCGUGGUGGCACGGUACGGCGCGAUCAAUCGCGGUCUAAAAGUUCAAUUCGCCCAGGACAAUGGUGCUGUUGGUGUUUUGAUUUAUACCGACCCCGGCGAUGAUGGGGAGAUUACCUCCGCCAAUGGCUAUGAACAAUACCCAAAGGGACCUGCAAGAGCAGAGUCCUCCGUUCAAAGAGGCAGUGUUAUGUUUCUUGGUGGUGUAGGGACAACUCCGGGUGAUCCUACAACUCCGGGCUAUGCUUCCAAGAAGGGCGCUGAAAGGCAAGACCCUCAUAGCUCAAUUGGAAAGAUCCCUGCACUUCCAAUAUCCUAUAGAGAGGUGACUCCAAUUUUGGCAAAAUUGAACGGACACGGCACUAAGGGUCCGGCGGACUGGAAGGGCGGUAUAAGCGGCGUUGACUAUAGCACAGGACCGAAUUCGGGAGUGAACCUCAAUUUGUACAACAAUCAGACCUACAAAAUUACGCCUAUUUGGAAUGUUUACGGUGAGUUCGAAGGUGAAAACAACAACGAGGCAAUCUUAAUAGGAAACCAUCGUGAUGCUUGGAUUAAAGGUGGCGCUGGCGAUCCCAAUUCUGGCUCUGCCGUUCUCAUCGAAAUCGCGAGAGCACUCGGUGAGCUCAAAGAUGCUGGAUUCAAGUUUAAAAGAACAAUUAUUUUGCAAAGUUGGGACGGCGAAGAAUACGGACUUAUUGGCUCAACCGAAUUCGGGGAAUUUGCUUCUAAGAAUCUUCAGAAAAAUGUCAUAGCGUACAUCAACACCGACGUGGCUGUUCAAGGAAAGUCAUUGUCUUUGAGUGCAUCACCAGUCUUGAAUAGGGUAUUGAGAAAGGUGGCAAACUGGUUGCCGUAUCCGGGCGAAGAAGGCAAGUCACUCUAUGACCAUUUUGUUGACGAAAAAGGCGACAUUAUACGAAACAUGGGCUCAGGAUCUGAUUACACAGUGUUCCUUGAGCAUCUUGGUAUACCAUCUGCAGAUGUAUCUUUCAAGUCCGGCAAGAAGGACCCAAUCUACCACUAUCACUCAAACUAUGAUUCAUUUCAUUGGAUGAACGUUUUUGGAGACAAGGACUUUGUGUUCCAUAAUUUGGCUGCAAAAUAUCUCUCCCUUAUUGCUUUAGAGCUUUCAACUCACAAGUUGAUUGACUUUUCAUUGCAUGACUACGCGAAAGACUUACAGUUCUAUUUCGAUUUAGCCAACAACACAAUUCCAAAGGAUUGGUUUGGCAAGGAAAUACCGAAAUCAUCUAUAGCGGAGUUCCUUUCUUGGAACCUCGAGGAUAGUUUGGCUGCAAACAGAGCUGCGCAGUUGUAUUCCUUUGAGAACGAUGCUUAUGCGUUCAAUGAACUCUUAGAGCCUUAUCAGUUUAGGCUCAUGCAGAAGAUGUUGAUGACGGAUUCACUGCAUCACAAGAGCAUCUCGCUUAGGGAACUCGUGGAUUAUACUGCAAAUCAGCUAGAAUAUCUUGAGAAAAAGGCGUUGCAUUUUGAUACCAUCAGUGAAGUCUUGCAAAAACGAUAUGAGCGCAGGGAGCAAUUGCAUUGGUGGCAGAGAAUCAAGCUUCAUUUCGACAUUAGGCGCCAAAACAAACUGCUUCAAUACUUUGAGAGGGGCUUUCUCUAUGAGGAAGGCCUCCAUGAAAGACCUUGGUUUAAGCAUAUUGUUUUUGCAUGUGGUCGCUUCACUGGAUACGCUGGCCAAACUUGGCCCGGAAUAAGGGAGGCAAUUGAGGAUGACGAUUUUGAGCGGACUGUGAAAUGGCUUUGGAUUGCUGCCAAGGCGGCAAGACUGGUUGCCACUGGUUUGGAAGUAUCGUAA